AUGAAAACGCUGAGGGCCUGGCUCCUGUGCCUCCUGUUGCUGGGCUUUGCCCUGUGGGGAGCUGCAAGCCGAGCCCCCCAGCACUCCAUGGAGGUCCGCACCCCUGACAUCAAUCCUGCCUGGUACAUGGGCCGCAGGAUCAGGCCUGUGGGCCGCUUCGGCCGGAGGAGGGAAGCCAUGGGGGACAUCCCCAAGACUGGCCUGCAAGGACGCCAGCUGGUCUGCUUCCCCCUGGAAGGCGAUGUAAAGUCCUCCCAGGAUGAGUGA